CCUGGGAGACAUAGCCUCCCUGGACCCACUCUCUCUGUCUUUUUUUCUUUUCUUUCCUUUAAGGUGCAUUAAAGAACAGGCUGAGAGAUGGCCAGACCUGGGUCCUGCGGCUCAGGGCCUAGGAAUUAUGCGCUUGGACUUCGGUUCCCCUCUUGGCCCUACCUACAUCUUCCAACCACCCUGUCAUGGGCAGGUCUCUUUAUAUCUUUGACUCUGAGUUUUCUCUCUUUCUGAGGAAAGAGGCCUGCUUGGUGAGCAGGGUCCUGGAUGUCAUGGCUGUAUCUCUUUCUGUCAUCCCUGCAGCAGCCAUGCCAGGGAGGAUUCUCUGUUCCCAUUUUACAGAUGAGACAGCAAGGCUCAGGGAAUUAAGAACCUUGCCACAGAGCAUGUGAGUGGCUGAGCAGGGAUUCAAAUCCAGGCUCUUGGGUAUUCAAGUCAUUGCCUUUUCAUAACAUUUUGUUACUUUGUGGCCUCAGAGCUGGGUACAGGGCAGGUUAGUGACCCCAAGUGAUCUUCUAGAGCUUAAAGUCCCUGCUGACUUGAGGUGCCUGCAGCCUGCUCAGACACAUGGCCUCCCACUUAGAAAGCCCCCCGCCCCCAACCUGGGUUAAUGCUCUGCUGUGACCAUCUUGAAAUUCUUUGUCAUUUUUGAAAAGGGGACCCCACAUUUUCAUUAUGCAGGAGGCCCCACAAAUUAUGUAGCCGGUCCUUUUUAAAAGACCGAGAGAAACGGAGGGUGGUGAGGGUGUGGGAGUCAGCCUCCCCUCUUUUGGAGAUCUGAGCAGUGGCGAUCCGCCCUCGGGCCAGCUUGGAAUUAAGCAGAUGUGUGCCCCCGACAGGGGACACUUGUUUUCACCAGCAUCAGGAACCAUGGCAGCAAAAACCGACUCUACUGGACUUUCACCAAGAUGGUUAGCAAGGCUGGGGUGUCAUCCCAGGGACGUAGGCAAGGUUUUCUUUGGUGAUGGGUAAUUUUCAGGGUCCCCGGCAGACACAGAGAGAAUAAGUGCGGGCUCCAGCCAGUGUGUGGCACUGAGGACUCUGCUUUGGCUUCAAGAGAAUCCCCAUGAAGGACAUUGCUGCUUUGUUGACGACAGUGGCUUCGGGUCAUGGCCGUGCCCACUGUGCUGUCACUGACCCAACUCCUGAGACUUUGGAAGUGUUUCCAAGGUCUUUUAGCGCGAAAUGCCAGGAGGAUGCAUUGCCUUCUUCACCCUCCUGUUUCUCAUCUCCUAAUAGAGAACAGGAACUAUUUAACUGACAGUAUUUCUGUUUUAGCUUUGGCCACCUGGAAGCUCAAAACCAAAUUCUUGGCUCAGGCGUGACAACUGUGCCAAACCUCAAAGCAGCAACAGUGAGAGCUAGUAUUUGUGGGAUGUGUCCUUUGUUCCAGGGGCCCUUGUCUGCCCUUUAUAUGUAUUACCGCACCGAUUCUUCGUGACAGCCUUGUGGGGAAGGUACCAUUGUUUGAGGAUAGGGAGCUAAAUCUCUUUGAGGUUAAACCACUUGCCCAAGUUUACUUAACUCGUAGGUAGUAGAACCGUUGUUUAAACUGGUUAGUCUGAACCUGGAGCCCAUGCUCUUCAGCAGAAACUUCCACUGCCUCUGCUGGGGACCUUGAUUGCCUGAAUAUCUGGCAAGUGAAGCUGAGUUGGCCGCUCCAGAAUGAACCACAGCUCCAAGAUGGGGAAGUAGAAACCCAGCUGGCUCUCUGCCAUGGCCUGCGAACCUCAGAUGGGCCCCAGCGGGGCAGCCGGCCCAUUGCCCACCUCCUCUCCUGGCUGGAAUGCCUUGCCUGGAGGGCGUCCCCCAGGCUGGGGGCAAGAGCUCAGCAAUGGCCAGGUCCUCACGGUUCUGCGGAUCGACAACACCUGUGCGCCCAUCGCCUUCGAUCUGGGCGCCGCAGAAGAGCAACUGCAGACCUGGGGCAUUCAGGUCCCCGCCGACCAGUACAGGAGCUUGGCCGAAAGCGCCCUCUUGGAGCCCCAAGUGAGGCGAUACAUCAUCUACAACUCCAGGCCCAUGCGGUUGGCCUUUGCUGUGGUGUUCUAUGUGGUGGUGUGGGCUAACAUCUACUCCACCAGCCAGAUGUUUGCCCUGGGGAACCACUGGGUAGGUGUGCUGCUCGUGACCCUGGCUGCCAUGAGCCUGACUCUGACCCUCGUGCUCAUCUUCGAGAGACACCAGAGGCAGGCCAACACCAACACGGACCUUAGGCUGGCGGCUGCCAACGGAGCCCUCCUGAGGCACCGGGUGCUGCUGGGGGUGACGGACACGGUGGAAGGCUGCCAGAGUGUGAUUCAGCUCUGGUUUGUCUACUUCGACCUGGAGAACUGUGUGCAGUUUUUGUCUGACCACAUUCAAGAGAUGAAGACUAGCCAAGAGUCCUUGCUGAGAAGCAGAUUGAGCCAGCUGUGUGUUGUCAUGGAAACCGGAGUGAGCCCCGAGACAGCAGAGGGGCCUGAGGACCUGUUGGAGGAAGCCCCUCUCCUGCCCGGCAGUCCUCAUUCGGAGGAGAGGCCACUCCUGCAGACUGAGCUUCGCCAGCUCGUGCCUGAGGCUGAGCCAGAGGAAAUGGCCCAGCAGCUGUUGGCGGUAUUUGGCGGCUACUAUAUCCGGCUCCUGGUGACCUCGCAGCUUCCCCAGGCAGUGGGGACACGACACACAGACUCGCCAAGGAUUCCGUGCCCCUGCCAGCUCAUAGAAGCCCACAUCCUGGGUACUGGGUGCUGCCCAUUCCUGGCCAGGUGACCUAGGGAGGAAGGUACUCCACUUCCUGCGAGACUGAAGGUCCUCAGGAAGGCUCAGGAGCACCAGGCGGCUGACGAUGAGCCCCAGGGGAGGAGAGAAGCAUCUGGGAGCACUCGGAAGACUGUCAGUCAUGUCAGAGCAUGGGUAUCGUGCUUGCUUCAGGACUCUGCACAGGAAUACCUAUCCACAUCCCAUGCUGACCCCUGGCCCUUUCAGAAGCUGAUGGUUGCCAAGCUGGUCCCACUCCAAACCAGUCUCUAUGCUGCUUAGAACCAUGGGCAUGGAUGGAAGGCCUCUCCCAUGCCCUUCAUUGUCUGGAGAGCCCAGAAAAUGUGAAGAUGCUCCUACUGGGCCAACCGUGUGUCCAGAGCUCAGUCUCAGGUGAUGGUCCUGUCCUCAGCUCCUUCAUGUCAGACGGGAAAACUGAACCUCAGAGAGGACUCUGCUCUUUGUAGCAUUGUCUCGGGCCUCCAGAAUUCCUAAUCGGAAGGAAAGAAGUCAAUUUUCAGAACGUUCUCCAUUUGUAAGUUUCUCAUGCCCUUUGUUUUAUGACAAACAAUGGCCUUGUGUUGUCUGCUAGCACACAGACUUCUAGGAGGCAGAAGAGAGAAACCAGCGGCACGUAACUGAUAAUGGGACUGUUUGGGAAAGAUUGAUUCUGUCUGAUUUGAGGAUGUAUUUUGUUUAAAGGCAUGCAUGCCUAUGGUUGUGGUUUUAUACUCCAGACCGAGAGCAGCAGUCCUGUUUUCUGACGCUAAUCUGUCACUCAUGACGUUCCAUGAAGAGGUCAGGGGUUUUCAGGUUCUCUGCUCCUGAGCAAGUUUGAAGACCAAUUAUUCCAUAGGUGCAAAUCCAAAAGACCUGGCCUGGCAUUUAAGGGCUCCCCAGCCUGCAGGACCCAGCCCUCAUCUGUGAUUUUGGCUUCAUCUCCCACAAAACUUCUUCAUAAGUUGAAACUUUCCUGGACUAAUGUACCUACUCGAUCUCAUCCUUUGAACUCCUAUGCAUGCUUCAAAGCCCAGCUUUACUUACCUCUCCUUCAGGAAGCCUUUCAACAUAGAACAUGCCCUGCUUCUCUGCCUCCUUUAAAUUCUUAAUGUAGCUGCUACCUUUAUUGAUGUUUUACGUUAUCAAUUCUGUUUUCCUGUGCACAUGCACAUUUUUCUAGCUAGACUCAAUUUCUGAAGGACAAAAUUCUCACCUUAUAAUUUCUGUGCAUGGCCUAGACCUGCUAAGGGGAAAACAGACCAACCCAGUGGAUUGAGGGCUUUGUCAUCUCUAGAGUAGCCUUUGCAGAUUGCUCUCUAUGCUCAGUUGAAUGAGGUUGGCACAGACCUGGGUUCCGGUCCUGCUGCUGACAUUUCUAGCUGUGUGACUUUUGGCCAGUCCUCAGUUUACUCAUCUUUAUAUAAAUGAAUACAUAUGGGUAGUUGGAUGAUUCUUAGCUUCCCUUCCAAAGCUGAAGUUCUGGCUUUUUCUGUUCCAGUCUAGCCCUUGGCCUAUCUGUUAAUGCCUUUAUCCACAUGUAGAAGGGUCCUCCAGCCUUACGUGACUGAGGUGUCCCAGACCUGUCGGACCUGCGGACGGAACACUGGCCUAGUUAGCAGGAGACCUGGAUUCUCGUCCCAGAUAUGCUGCUUCCUUAGAAGCAUGACCUUGGCCAGGUCACGUAACCUCUCUUGAGUGUCCGUUUACUUCUUUCUAAAUGGAUCUGGUGAACACGAAAUGUAAUCCUGUGGGUGACUUACUGUGUAAGAGGCCAGUCUGACUGUUUGCUUUCUCUGGGCCCAGAGAAGACAAAUCGUGUACAUAGACCCACCCCGGGAAAUGGCUACCUUAGGCAUUUCUCUUUAGCCAGCUCUCAGGGCCGCUGUGCUCCAUCAGAGUAAUUCAUGAGGGCAGUCGCUGUCUCGCUCCCCUGCCACAGAAGGAAUGUGGGCUGUGAAUGGGCUCCUUAGAAGCCCGUAUUUAUCAUCCAACCGGAAACCCUGGUAAGUAUAGUAACAGAAUAAACAUGUCUGUGUUAAAUGACGAAAGGCUAACGUCCAGAUUGCUGGUUUUCCCGAGUUGCUGGUAGUCUCACCUAGUGGGCGGAGCAUUCACGUGUGCCCCCCCAGGCGCUUUCUUUGCCUUCGCCACUGGCUCUCCUCCUUUAGAAAAUUCUGUGAUCUCUGUCUUGCCUACUUCACAGGGUCGUGCGAAGCUCAGAACCCAUACCUGGACACGCACCCUGCUUUAAGGCUCUGUGUUGAGGACGGGCACGGAGACAGUGCAGAUGGUGGGUGCGGAGGGAGGGGCUCAGAGCCUGGAUUCUGGAGUUCCUCAGAUCCAGGUUCCGCUCCUCGGAGCAGCAUCCCUUGCCACCUGGGGUGUCACUCCUCGUGCAUGGAAUGAGGAUUUAGCAUACGCAACCGGCAGGUAUUGUGAAAAUGAGAUAAUAUAAAGAAUGGAAAGUGCUUGCAACUUCGAGCUACAAGCUUGAGUCAGAGCACAAUAAAUUGUUGCUGGUU